AUGACGGUUCUUUCAGACCUCCGCGAGCUGUACUCCCUUAACACUCUAGAUACGCGAUUCACGAAUUCCUCCUCAACACCCCUGAAGUCCGCGAACGGGGUGCCGUCCAAACAAGCAGUAAGAGAUGGAAAGACACAACCCGCAGAUGCUUCGCCGCCACGAUGGAGGACCACCGAGUUCUACAUAUACCUCGUCAUCUUCUUGUUUUGCGUCCCACAGAUGUACUGGGCUGUAGUCAGUGUCUCACAGCCUGGUUCCCCAAACUACUCCAAAUAUGAACAUCUACUAUCUCCAGGCUGGCUAUUUGGUCGGAAGGUGGACAACUCCGACGGGCAAUAUGCUGGUUUUCGAGACAACAUCCCAUAUUUGGCAGCUCUAAUUGUUUUGCAUCCUCUCCUUCGCCGGGCCUAUGAACGUCUGACCCUGACGAGUCCACCAACAUCAAAUGGCAGUGCCAAUUCGCACCCUUCACUUAGCCAGUCGACAGCUGAGUCCCGGCUUCGACACCGUCUGGCCUUCGACUUUGGCUCUGCAUUGAUCUACAUUGUUGCGUUGAACGGCUUCUCGGUCUUCAAAAUCCUCGUAAUCCUUUUCAUCAACUUCAAGAUUGCUACAGCCCUUCCGCGCAAUACAAUACCGGUCGCGACGUGGAUUUUCAACAUCGCCAUUCUCUUCGCCAAUGAACUUGCUCAAGGCUACCGAUACUCGGUCAUGGCCGAGGCCCUCGUGCCUUUCUUUUCCCCCGCGGCCGAUUGGAGCAAAUUCUUGGAUUCUUAUGGCGGGCUCAAUCCACGUUGGGAGGUCCUUUUCAAUAUCACUGUGUUACGAAUGAUUUCUUUCAAUUUUGACUAUUACUGGUCGUUAGAUCGUUCGAGAGCAGGAAGCCCUAUCGAGAAGAAGCAGCUCGAUCCCUCUGCUCUCUCCGAAAGAGACCGGGUCAAGAUGCCAGCUCCGGCAUCAGCCUAUACCUCGUUUCGUACAUACUUCGCUUAUGUAUUAUAUCCGCCUCUUUAUCUGGCCGGCCCGAUUCUGACUUUCAAUGAUUACAUCUCCCAAUCCACCUAUCGACCACCGUCCGUGACGACGAGAAGAACCGCUCUUUACGGGAUUAGACUUUUGAUCACAAUGUUUUGCAUGGAGUUUCUCAUACACACCGCCUACAUGGUUGCCAUUUCGAAGGCCUCGCCGGACUGGUCUGCAUAUACGCCGUUUCAACUCAGUAUGCUUGCUUAUUUCAACCUGCAACACAUCUGGCUGAAGUUAAUGAUCCCCUGGCGCUUCUUCAGAUUCUGGGCUCUCGUGGAUGGUAUUGAUCCACCAGAAAACAUGGUUCGAUGCAUGAGCGACAAUUAUUCUGCAUUAGGCUUCUGGCGCUCGUGGCACCGGAGCUUCAACAGAUGGACGGUUCGCUACGUCUACGUGCCACUUGGAGGCGGGCCUGGAGGGGGAUCAGGCAGAGUGCGCGGCAUACUCAACAUGCUGGCAGUCUUCACUUUCGUGGCCCUGUGGCAUGAUAUUCAACUACGACUCCUGUUGUGGGGUUGGUUGAUUGUGCUUUUCGUGUUACCGGAAGUUCUUGCGACCAUGGCGUUCCCAGCAUCAAAAUGGAAGAAUCGGCCGAAUGCAUACCGCGUCAUAUGUGGGAUCGGGGCGGUCAUCAAUAUUCUGAUGUUGAUGACUGCGAAUCUAGUUGGUUUUGCUUUGGGCCUGGAUGGAUUGAUGGGACUUGUGAAUGGCAUUUUUAGCAGCUGGCAGGGCGCCUUGUUUAUGCUCGGGGCCUGCAGUGCGUUGUUUGUCGGAGUUCAGGUGAUGUUUGAACAUCGCGAAGAGGAGAAACGCAACGGAAUCAAUCUGAAAUGUUGA